UCCCAGUAGGCGCUUCGGAGCAAAGGUGGAUGUCUUGAAAGCAGAAUGAGCCAGAAAGGAUCUACAAGCAGCCAUCCUGGCUCUGCAAAUGGCAGCAUGGGCAAAGCAGAUGGAGCUGCCAAAAUGAGUGCAAAAGAUUUAUACGAACAAAGGAAGAAGUACUCCAACUCCAACAUCAUUAUGCAUGAGACAUCACAGUACCAUGUACAGCACUUAGCAACCUUCAUCAUGGACAAAAGUGAGGCCAUUGUGACCGUGGACGAUGCCGUUAGGAAACUCAAGCACCUUAACUCCAAAGAGAAGAUCUGGGCACAAGAGAUGCUGUUGCAAGUGAAUGACAAGUCCAUUCGACUGCUGGACUGCGAAACCCAGGAAGAGUUAGAGGACUUCCUUCUGCCAACAGUCCAGCUCUGCCAAACUGUGCUGAAUCAGAUGCGCUACUCUUCCAUACUCCUGCUGGUGUGUCAAGACUCAGAGCAGCACAAGCCGGACAUUCACUUCUUUAACUGUGAUGAAGUAGAGGCAGAGAUAAUCCACGAGGACAUCGAAAGUGCGCUUGCCGACCAUAAGUUUGGAAAGAAGAUACGGCCACAGACACUCAAAGUAAACCAAGAGAAGAUAAAACAGAGGCAGUCCAUCCUUCCACCACCUCAAGGGCCGGCUCCUAUUCCUUUCCAGUAUGAAGCAAAAGGCUCCUCAAAGAACAGCUUGAACCGAGUGGCUCCUCCCGCACAGCAUAACCAGCCAGAAUACGAACGACGAAGCUCCGGCUCUCAGGACCAUGAAGAGUCUCGUGCGAUGUUGGCACAGAAGAUUGAAAAAGAAACGCAAACCCUGAACUGCACCCUAGAUGACAUUGAGCUGUUUGUUGCCAAACUUCAAAAAGCUUCAGAGGCAUACAAACAGCUGAAUCAAAGGAAGAAAGGAAAGAAGAACAAGAAGAAAGGGCCAGCAGAGGGAGUUCUGACGCUGAGGGCAAAACCCCCAAGUGAAGCUGAAUAUAUUGACUGCUUCCAGAAAACCAAGCUGGCAUUAAAUCUCAUGGCCAAACUGAGAAAACAUAUCCAGAAUCCAAGUGCUUCAGAGAUGGUGCAUUUUCUGUUUGGACCACUGGAACUGAUUGUUAAUAGCUGUGGUGGUCCUGACCUUGCAAGACCUGUCCUCAGUCCACUUCUUUCUAAAGAUACCACAGAUUUCCUGAAAGGACAUCUAACACCAAAGGAGAUGACACUGUGGGAGUCCUUGGGAGAGGCAUGGACAAGGUCAAGAGCGGAGUGGCCAAGAGAAGCCAACGUUCCAAGCUACAUUCCAAAGUUCCGCAACGGAUGGGAGCCACCCCUGGAAAUUUUCCGUGGCGCCCCUUGGGAAAUAGACUUUGGCCAUUUGCAGGAAGAGUUGUCAUCAUCCAAUGGCCAUUCCAGUCGUAACCUAAAGCCUGUUCAGACAGCUGAUCAAAUGCAAGCGGUGGAUGCCUUUACUCAACAUGUUACUCAACAUGUAAAUAGGAAUUUUGAGGCGCAGGGCAUUGCCCCAUCAAAAAGAUAUGCCAAAAUUCGAUAUGAUUUCACUGCUCGAAAUGCCAGUGAACUUUCAGUGCUGAAGGAUGAAAUUUUGGAGGUUUUGGAAGAUAACAAACAAUGGUGGAAGCUGAGAAACCGGAGUGGACAGGCUGGUUAUGUCCCAUAUAACAUCUUGGAUGUAGUGAAACUGGAGGAUUGUGGAUCAUUUGAACAGACUAAUCAGAAAUACAAAGGAGAUAUGAGUCCAAGAGGAAUCGGACCUUCCAGCCCCUCGCAUAAGUUACCUGCCAGUUACGCUGGGGAUAAAUGGGGAAGUGAAAUGUUAGCCCGCAAUUCUCCUGAUGCCAAAGAACAACUGAUCCAUCAUAUGGAUGAGGUCAAUGAUGAACUUCUGAAAAAGAUUACCAAUAUUAAAGUGCAGCCCCCUCAAAGAAACUUUAAAGUUGAGAAGACACAGCAAGUUCAUGUACCCCUGACCUUUGAGUCCAAUGCUGAAGAAGUCAGAGCUUGGCUGGAAGCAAAUUCUUUUAGCAAAGGAACUGUGGACCAUCUUGGAAUACUGACCGGGGCUCAACUUUUCUCGCUGAACAAAGAGGAGUUGAAAAAAGUAUGCGGAGAAGAGGGGGCUAGGGUGUACAGUAAAAUCACAGUUCAAAAAUCUCUCUUAGAGAAAAGCAGAGGGGAGUCAGAGCUUCAGGAAAUCAUGAAGCGGCGCCAGGAGAGGAUUGAUUCUGCUAUUUAAGUUCUGUCUGCUUUUUUCACCUCUUAAUCAUAUACACUUACUUGCAGAAAAAGGGAAAAGGAGUACAAAAUAUCCCAUUAAGGUGAAAGAGACUAUGGGGAUCACCAUCUGAGCAAUAGAAAUUGCCAUUCAGCCUGACUGUUCCUUGAGCGUUGUUGGUAAUGGGGAGGCCUGCACUCCCUCCAUAACAUGACAUUGCAUUGGGAGAGUGGUUGUGGUAUUGCAUGAAGUAUUAUUUUUAUAUUUCUAUAUUUUAUACAGAAAAUUUUAUGCGUGUGACAUUUAGAACAUGAGGAAGAUCAACAUUCAUGUUCUAAGCAAAGGCCGGAUUGAAGCAAAAGCAGACCACAAAAACCAUGUAUACAGACGGCUUCCUGUAUGGCCCAUCAAACUACAGUCAAAUAUCAUAGAAUGGGCUCAAAAUAAUUAUAAAAGCCCUCCAGA